AUGACCACUCCCCUCGCCACAGUAGCCAUCCUCUCAAUCGGGCAAAUGGGCCUCGGCAUCGCCGCACUCCUCACCUCGCACAACUACCGCAUAACAACCAACAUCAGCGGCCGCAGCGCCGCCACAAAAGCGCGCGCAGAAUCCGCUGGCAUACACCUCUACGCCACAGACGAGGAGCUCGUUGCAGACGCAGAUUACAUACUGAGUAUCGUGCCGCCACGUGACGCUGUGGCGACGGCGAAACGCGUGGUAUCUGCGCUGCAAUCGGAGAAAUGUGAGAAUGAGAGGAGGAAGAAAGGGAAGGGGGAGGUGUGGUAUUUGGAUUUGAAUGCUAUUAGUCCAGAUACGGCGAAGAGUAUAGCGGGGCUGUUUGAGCAGAAUGAGAAAGAUGUUGUACAGAUCAAACUGCUUGGACAAGACCCGGUAUCCCGCUAUCGGGACCGCGUCCCCUAG